AUGAUUCUCGUCCGCCGAAUGAGGCCGGAAGACUCACGGCCCAGAUCUCUGUUCGCCGACCGCCGGGCUCGCCAUCCCACGACUCGCAGGCUCGUCUACGAGCGAGAAGUACCCUGCGUCGCUCCCUCGUUCCUGCCAACCACCUCAUCAAGCGCUGAAGCAAUGUAUUUUCGUCCGACGAGCAGGGAUUUAUGCACCAUCUUCGUCACGCAAACCCGAGCAUCAAACCCCCAGCGCUAUCUGCACGUCAUCGACGCUCCCAGCAUCGUUAUUCCCGCUGUGCAAGCUCAACGACUUUCGCUUCACCUUGACGACUCUCGGGCGACUGUGGCUUUGCCGCAACUACUCCUCGUCAACUCUCAAUUCCGUCCGGCGAGCGGAGUAAUAAGCUGUAGUCUCUACCAUCGCUCUCACGUCAGCUCCCUCCCAAGUGCGACCUCCACCCUCGCCUUCGCUCUUACGCAGGCGCUCCUACUUCCCCUCCAUUCUCGCUUCCGCUUCCGCUCUCGAGCUCGUUAUUUACCCUCGCUUGCCGCUUCAAGCGCGACCCGUCUCGCCUCGAGCUUUCAGUGCUCACCCCGAGCCAUUCAGCGCUCCUCCAAGCUGCCCAGCGCUCACCCCAAGCUCACCAGCGCUUACCCCAAGCUUCCCGGCGCUCCCCUCGCUAUCCUAAAGCUCCCCAUCACUGUCCGUCGCCUCCCAAACGAUUUCAUGGCGCCCGAGUCCCCUCAAGUGAUCUACGAAGGCCCCCAAGGCAUCUACAAAGCCCUUCAACUAAUAUAG